AUGGAUAGUGAAAAGUUAGACAUGGAUGGUGAAAAGUUAGACAUGGAUGGUGAAAAGUUAGACAUUGAUGGUGAAAAGUUAGACAUGGAUGGUGAAAAGUUAGACAUGGAUGGUGAAAAGUUAGACAUGGAUGGUGAAAAGUUAGACAUGGAUGGUGAAAAGUUAGACAUUGAUGGUGAAAAGUUAGACAUGGAUGGUGAAAAGUUAGACAUGGAUGGUGAAAAGUUAGACAUGGAUGGUGAAAAGUUAGACAUGGAUGGUGAAAAGUUAGACAUGGAUGGUGAAAAGUUAGACAUAGAUGGUGAAAAGUUAGACAUGGAUGGUGAAAAGUUAGACAUGGAUGGUGAAAAGUUAGACAUGGAUGGUGAAAAGUUAGACAUGGAUGGUGAAAAGUUAGACAUGGAUGGUGAAAAGUUAGACAUGGAUGGUGAAAAGUUAGACAUGGAUGGUGAAAAGGUUUGGAGAGCUAGUGUGAAUAUGACAGUUGCUAAACUGCAGGGGAUCUCGGGGCAGCAGGAGGCCUUAGGAGUACGGAGCCAUGGCUUAAAGGCGUAG